AUGGCACAGACUUCUACCAUCGUCGUAGAUGAAUCCAUGAUGGGGUUGUUAAUCCAGCUGGCGCUUCACGAGCUGAUGCCCAAGGGCUUUUUAUUGACGCGUGACGCAGAUCCUAUGCGCAUGGCUUCAUCCUCCUCCUACGAUGUCUGGGCAGACGAGCCAUGGUUACGAGCCAUUGAAGCGGAAUCGGCACAAACGCUGCUGCAUUUUGGCUCCGCGCACACAUCUCGUGCCUUCAAGCGCAGAGUGCCGACAGAAGGGGAUGAAGGCAUAGCAGAGGCAGCCCCGCCUGUUGAGGACCGUUUCGUAUGCCAGGUGCCCGGGUGCGCCAAGGUCUUUGCAUCGCUGCCCGCAUACAAGUACCACAUGCAUCAUUACGAACAUGACUUUGAAAUCUUAUUGCGAUGUUCAAGGCUUUUGCGCCGCGUGUUCUUUGCACCACUUGUUCCAGGAGAGGAUCUGGCACCGGCGGCUGGACCUGGCGCCUUCUUGCCCGAACGUUGGGUAUUGCGCUUCUCCGAACGGCAAGAUCUCAACCGAUUUCAAGAAGGUGGCGGUGGUGGUGAGGCACAAUUUGGCCGUGCACGUCGGCAUAUUUGCGAUAGAAUCAUGUGCCUACCAGACGUGGUCCAUAUCCUGCAUGGAUACAUUGACCAGCAACUGCCUCUGCUCUUUUCUUUUCAUUUUACCAAGAAGCGCGGUGCCAUCUCACUGACAUCUCCUUCAGCUGAUUUUUCCAUAACAAUGCGACGCGAUGAGGACACAGUUACCCUCAAGCGGGAGCUCGUUGAAAUGCUAACUGAGCGGCGAACGCGCGACGUUCGCAGAAAGCCUCCGCCGACGACGCGGACAGAAGACCUUGGAGAGAGCUCUUUCGGGGUCUCGUCCUUUCGGGAUGCAGAUGCAGCCUUUUAUCAGAUGUCACCUCGUACUAUUUCGCCGGCUGAUGGCAGCUUUGCACUGGGCGGAGAGGGUGAAAUCGACGCCUCACAGCGUUCGCACAUCUCGCUGUUAUGUAAAUUUGUGGUGCCAGCACAGCUGGACCGGUUCCAGGCGCGACGGUUUGUCGCCGCCAUCGGGGGCAUACCACCUGGGAAAACUGCAACUACAACACAGCCAUUGGCAAUUAGUCCUGUGCCGGGGGGGAUGCCAGCAGCCGGAUCUUCGAGCCUCACGUCGCUGCGGCCGCUUCCUUGUGCCGCCAUGCAGCCGGUGCAGCUAAGAGUCCUUGGUCUUGCCCCCUGUAGCUCAGAAGCGUCAACCCUUAGCCCUGAUUCCAAGCUUGUUACCCCGGCACCAGAGGUGGUGGCAUCAUCGGAAAUGAUACCGCUUUCUGGCCUGCAUUUGUCAGCAACAGAUGCAGUGGCAUAUGGAGAUGGCUUCCCCUUGACGUCUGUUGACUUUUUUCCUGGCAUGGCGUGGCAGGGAGAGUAUGGCAUUACAUGGAUCGCUGUUGGCGGAAAUGGAGCACCCACGGUUUCAAAAUUCACCGUUUAUUUGUGGGCGCUUUUUCUCUGUUUUGAUUCUAUGGCGAUGGGAUACCGUAUUGCAAGCGCACCAGUCCUCAUCAAUGCUGUGUCUCUGGGAAGCGGGGUAGAUGCAGAUGAUGGGCGCGAAUCAAGUAGCGAAGAUCUCACCGAUAGCGAUGAUGGUCGGGGAACUGUUGUCGCUGUCAAGUGGUGCCCUUUUCUCUUUACAACAGGGGCAACGACAGCUCCUGCCAUGGGCACCAUGCUAGCAUCUCAAGAUACCCGAGCACUUAUGGCGGUGCUCGAUGCUGUUGGCGCCAUAUUUGUGUUUUGCCUUGGUAUGAGGAGCAUGCUUAUUUUGGUAGAUACAGCUGUAGCUUUGAUGGAAGAAGGCGGUGCGCUUCCCACGCCAGGGACCUCAGACUCUGGAAAUCUGUUGACUCAAGCACCUCUUUGCAGGCUUGCAAUUCCCUCCUAUGCGAUUACGUGCUUCAGUUGGUGCAAGAUCCCUGGGCAGCCUCUGCGCAUAGUAGCCGGCACUCGUGAAGGCUACAUCGCCCUAUUUGAUCUUUCAUCGCUGCGCGAGCCCGUACUGGUGUUGAUGAGUCCCGGACAUCCAACACUGAUUUCUGCUAUCGACUGGUCCAUGAGCGAUCCGAACAAAGUAAUCACAGCUUCUUUUGACAACACCGUUGUGCUCUGGCUGUUGGAUAACAUGUAUGCACGGACGACAUUACUGCAGUCACGACUCCCGUUUCUCAAUGCCAGCUGGAUGCACUCUGCCCAUCAAGCGGUUGGAUACCAGGAAAAAGAGACUCCGACGGGAUCGCUGGCGUGGGAUCCUGUUGGUGCCGUCAUUGCAGUAGACGAAUCAAACCUCGCCAAAAUUGUAUUAUUGCCAGAACCGGGCCGCGUCAUUACCCUCGCCUCAUCCACCCCGCGUAUGUGGGUGGGCGUUUAUCCAAAUUCCCGGUUUGGCGGCACAUUGCUUGCAAUGGCAAAUUGGAAUGGCAAGGUAGAGCUGUUUGGCACGCCAGAUCCGCGCUCCAAGAAGGGCGAUUCGUCGAAUAUCGCCUCAUGGUCAUAUAAUAGAGAAACCCGUGCUUUCAGUGUAUAUUUACCACCGGUUGCAGAUGACGAUAUCAUUGCCAGCAGUGUUGGGAUGAAUGAUCCCAUGGAAUGGGUUCAGGUUUCGUGGCAUCCAAUACCUAUUGGGCUCUUUGCUGUCGUCGCUGCCACAGGUCUUGUACACAUCCACUGUUCCUAG